AUGGAGAUAGUUUCAAAACUUUGCAGGGGAUCUGGAGGCAUUCAUGGACUGAGAUUGCUCACUAAAAGCAUUGCAAUGAGGGAGACCAUGACAGUGAUUGAUGGUGUGAACAGCGUCACGGCCACCGCCGCCGCCGCCUCCGCCUGCGCCGCGCCGGGUCGCGUCGCGCGCCAGUCCGCGGGUGCAUUUCCUCGCGGGCGCACCAUGGAGGGUCGGGCGCUGCGCUAUAUAGUUGCCUGGGUGGCAUUGCUGAUUUUAUUGGUCGCAGCAGCAGGUGCAGCUACAACUUCUACGACUGCGAGAAGUGCGGCUGGUACUGGGUGCUGGCCGCGCGCGCAGCUGCAGGUGGACGAGGCGCCGGUGCAGGUGACGCGCGCCUUCCGCGCCGCGCUGCGCGUGCUGUGCGUGUUGGCGCGCGCCGCCGCGCAGCAGAACCUCAACGCCUCCGCGCCCGAGUGGAACUCGCGCAGCCCUGGAUACAGGUUCGGACAUCUGGUGACAGAGGACUCCUACGAUGUCACCGAAUACCGGAAUGGAGCGCAAGGAAACAAACAACUCGAUAUCGUGUUUGCCGAUGGCCAGCCUGUCAAUUCCAGCGAUGCUCUGGCUAUGUUCUCCUACACGUGCCAGUACGGGCCGCCGGGCCACCAGCUGGCGCUGAACGAGCGCGCGCUGCGGCGGGGGUCGGCGGCGUGGGUGCUGCUGGGGCGGCUGGCGUGCCGCGACUGGUGGGAGGCGCGCGCGCCGCCCGACUCGGUCGAGGACGAGGACGCCGCGCGCGAGGACAGCGAGGAGCGCGCCAUGAACGCCUUCACGCGGCGCCUGCGCUCCGCGCUACACCCGCGC